AUGACAUCCAAAUACAGAUUACAGCAAAGUACUGACUUCGAUGCAUUCGAUGAUCAGUCUUCUGGUAAUACAGAGGGUUUGACGAUUGGCACUGUCCGAGGUGGACCUGCAGGUUCGUCGGGUGCAGCGCAACUCAAGGAAAUACGAAAAGAGGCUUUGGAGGGUGUCAGACGACGGGCUGAAAGUACAAAGGGUAGUGGGAAGUUGAAUGGCAAGGUUGGAGUUAUUACGGGUGUAGGACCUGAGAGUGGGAUUGGCACUGCUGCCGCGAAACUUUUUGCUAGAGACGGUGCAAAACACCUAUAUCUGAUAGACUACGAUGAUACCGCAUUACCAAAUCUCAAGAAAUGGUUGGAAAGAACCUAUCCGUCUACCAAGAUUACAAUCCUCAAAGCCGAUGCAGCUUCUCCCUCCACUAUAUCCAACCUUAUCUCGCAGGUGAUUAAAGAAAAUGGUCAUUUAGAUUUCUUCUUUGCCAAUGCCGGUGUAUCUCAAAUCAGACCUAGAAACACUACGCAAGAUGUGAACAAGGCCAUAGGAGAUUUGCAAUCCCUUGCUAGACCUGUCAGUAAGAUUGAUGAGAAGGAAUUUGAUGAGGUCAUGAGGAUAAAUGCUUUGGGAGUUUUUAUAGCUAUCAAGUAUGCUUCGGAAGCUAUGAAGAUCGUAUCGCCUGAGAAAGGUAAAAAAGUUCCUGGUGGAAGUAUAUUAUUGACAGCUUCGAUCGCCGGACUAAAAGCCAAUGCUGGUCCAAUCCCCUAUUCAGCUUCGAAAGCAGCGGUAGUCUCAAUGGCUCAGACCGCCGCAUAUGAUUUGGCAGGGUAUAACAUCAGAGUGAACGCUUUGUGUCCUGGACUAAUCGAGACUGACAUGACUAGAGGCAUGUUCACACUGGCCGAAGCGGCUGGUAAAUCCGAUAAGAUGGGGGUAUUGAAUCCUGCUCACAGACAAGGUUUGGGAUCUGAGGUAGCGCAAGUAGCCCUGUUCUUAGCUUCUGACGACUCGUCUUAUGUGAACGGACAAGCUAUACCGAUAGAUGGAGGAUUGACAGCGGGCGUACCAUACGCCAAGAUGAAAUUGUAA